UAUAAUUAGGAUUACACCAGAAUAAACGAGACGAAUAUAACAAUGUAUUCCGCACCCUUUUUUCCCACCCCUUUUGUUUUCUAAUGUCAUUGUUAUUGUUCUGUUUCAGGUCUUGGUCGCUGAGCAAAAAGGCGAUACUUUGGGGUGGCCCUGGGCGAUAGAGGGGCUCUCAGUGUGAGGUCCCGGAUGCCUUAUGACGUUGAUGUUUUUUCCUUUUUUGGAUGUAUUCUUUGAAUUUCGCUGUUUUAUUUUGAAGCAAUAAAGGCAAUACACAAUAAAGGCGGAAUACAUUGUUAUAUUCGUCUCGUUUAUUCUCGUAUAAUCCUAAUUAUACUUCGGGUCUACGACCCUCUUAUAAUUAGUAAUUAAUGGCUUAAUUAUUAUUCACCUUUCUCAGGGAUAGAGACAUGGCGUGCUAUUCAUUUAUCCAUUUUGUCUGUUCGUGUGUUGAGGCUCUGGAUAAACUUUACUACUCGACUUCCGGUGUCGAAUUAAGUCGAUUCGCAAACCGACAUUCAUUAAUGUUCAUUCUUUUUCAGGUGCUGUUAAGUUCAGCAAAGUGUUACCAUGGGAAUGUGAUGCUGAUAUCAAAUUUCUAUCAGAGAACUACACUGCAAUUCAAAGGUUUCGUCCAAACUUCGAAGCAGCGGGCUUUGAAUUUGUAGAUGAACGAGGAACGGAGUGCUGUACGGAUGGCAGAAAAACUUGGGGCAGUUUUCUUUUGUGCAAAAAUGGAUGGAAAGUGGAUAUGUUUGGCAAGGCCAUGCUAGAGUCUGAGUUACUUGUAGCGAGCGGUCAGCAGCCGACGAAAGUAAUGUUCGCCGGGCACUGGGUGACUGCAAUGCGCAAUCCGGGACUUUCUACGCGCAAUUGAUAUGGGCCUAACAUGCAUUUACCGGCACGUGGAACACUGGUACGACACAGGACAUUGGUAUGGACAUGUUCCUUAUAAGUCGGGCAUAUUCACCAAAUGUCCCGUGCCGGGUCACAUGCGGUGUCUUGAUCGAUAUCCUGUCGAUGGUAAUCUUCCAUUUAGUUUUUGUCCACUUGUCUAAGUCCGUUAUCUGACCCAAAUGUCCUACAUAAAAAUAAAACAAAAAAUAAAAAAUUAAAUAAAUAAAUAAAAAUGCAUGCCAUGCCAUCACUUACAGGUAACGGGACUACCGUGCUUCAGACGUUUUUAGAUUUAGUUUAAAAUGGUAGGAAAUAGUGUUAAAAUAUAACUAUGGGUUUCAUAAUAAUAAUAAUAAUAAUAAUAAUAAUAAUGAUAAUAAUAAUUUAAUUUAUAUAGCGCUAAUUAUCAUAAAAAAUACACUUAGUCUUGACUUCUGCCUGAUUCAUUGCUUAUAUGACGAUAUGUACUAAAACACAAAUCUUGUCUCCAAAAUCUUUCUCUGUUUUGGUAAGCACCAGGAACUCGGAGUGUGGCCAGUUACAAUUUGAAACAUAUGUUCACGAUAAAUGGUUUCUCCUGGUUGCUAAUUGGCUGACAAUUGAAAAUAGGCACUCUGCGCAUAUUCAAACAAUCUGACCAGCCUGAGUCCGCUUUCUUUGAGCUGACCAUAAGAAAAGCAGGAUCUGGGACGAAAUAAAUACUGAAAAUAUUUUGUAAAGUAUACUUACAGAAAUGUCUUUGUCAAAGGAGAGAGAGAUAAACCCCGUCGGGGACGGUCCAGUCCCUGAAUUCCUCCUUCCCCGCUUUAAAUGUUUACAGUAAGCUUUUAGAGCCUCAAUUACAGCAGAGCAUUCCUCCCGGUAGUUGGUUUGCUGAGUUUCCGCAUCCAGAAGCGACCGAUCCUUUCAUUCUCGUUGCGGUCAAAUUGCUCCAGAGGAACAGUGAACUCCAGCCAUCUCAUGAUAGGAAAGACACAAGACAUAGGAAAGCUUUCCUGUCUAUCUGAUAAACUUUUACGUUAUUAGCCUUAAGGUACUGUGACUUUGAGGCGUCCUUACAAGUUCUGUUUCAUUCAGGAGGCCAUCCAUGGCAAUUAGAGAUAAACACGGUUCCCCCUCCCCUCACCAAAAAUUGGCAAGUUUUGGGUCCCAUAUUUUGUAAAUUUCUAACAGAUUCUCUUGCAGCUUCCCCUGUAUACUAAUUCGGCAUAAUAUUUCAGCUAUGAAGGGUUUUUUGUUUAUAUCAAUGAUACGAAAAAUUGUUGGUAUGUGUGACAUGGGUAAAAACGUUCCCCUUCGAUUCCGCCAAAGUGAACAAUUCUAUAACACCUCACGGCAUUGACGCUCUUGCCAUAAGGUAACCUUUCUCAUAACAGUUCGAAUUGUUUUCGUUAAAGAUGGGCCAGUGGAUAUUUUCGGGAAUGAAGCCAGCGUUAGUGAAAGUACAAUAAUCUAAGCAAUCAAAUCAAGGGUUUAAUUUUCACCUCGCGACAAUGCGAGCGGGAACUCUGGGGACGAGAAUGAGGAAUAUAUUGUUCUGAUCCAGACUCCUCGCGGUAACACUGUCGUGGACGUAUCAAUAUGGCGUCUAAUUAUGUUGAGAACAGCGCAUCAUUGACACAUCAGUCAAAGGACGCUUGAAAAUGACUGCAAGUAACGUCAAACUCGAACACACGGUGUUCUGCCCUGAGAGCUGUUCAGCCCGGCACAACGAAAUGAUCCUAGCUCUGAGUGCCUGCAGUGAAGACGGCAGAAAACCAGCAGAUUUAGCUCCUCUUAAAGUUGCGCUUUACUCUCAUCUACAGGACGGCUGGAAUGCACAAAGUAAUGUCCCGGAUGCCCUUCCAGAAUUCCACUUUCCUCUGGUACAGUGGGCGUGCGUGUUGGGCAAAACUCAAGUGUUGAGCUGGCUUCUAACGAAAAUGAAAUUUAAGGCAUUUGUUACAGCCGAACGAACCGGCGAAACAGGUUUGCACCGAGCUCUGAGACUGCUACAUAAAGUGAGAAGUCGCGAUAUAACGCCGAGGUCUGUGCACUUUAUUUGCAGUAACUUUAAUUUGAUUGUUGACACCCUGACUGAGCAAGACCCUCACGGAUUGUUCCUAAAGGACAAAGUGCAAGGAAACUCUGUUUUUCACAUGUGUGCGCUAUGCAUUAGUCAGCAAGAAUCUGUUUGUAGUGAACUAGAUUACUACGAAUACUGUAUGAAAAUUUUACUUCAACGCGUCACUGCACUACAGACAAUGGAGAAAUUGCCCACGGAAGCUCUGCAAAGGGCCCUCAAUUCGAAAAAUGAUCGCGGCGAAACUAUUCUUCACAUACUUGCGCGGAACAAUAUCUCUAUUAACACAGUAAAAUACCUUCUGUCAGAUUACAAAGAGGUUUUAAAGAAGUUAAUAAAAAACCAUGAAAAAGCAACCCCGCUCGAUGUCGCUCGCGACCGUGAAGCAGACCUUGUAGAGAAAGAACUCGCUUCUGAAGGACAAGGAGUGGAACAACUAGCUCCAAAGCAACGCGACUUGUACCAACUUUACACCCAGGAUCUAGACCAAGCUGACCAUAAUGAAGCUAUUGCUGGCAACAGUAAUUCCGUUGAUGGCAAUGCUCAGAGUAAAGUUAAUAAGGAGGAUCGUGGCGCGGGUUAUUCACUUCGUUUAAGUACCUUUCUCCAGAGGGAAGGUUUCUAUUGCUCCUCUUCUCCUCGGAGUUGUAUCUCAGAUGAAGUUUCUCAGGACGAGACAGCUCGCUCUCCUCUUCUCGGUACUCAGUCAGUGCACUUUCCGGCAAGCCUCGCGACAAACACUGAGAGCAUGUCAACCAACGACAGUCAAUCCACUAACAACUGUGAUUCAGAGAAUGUGCCUCGGCAGAACGGAGAUGGGCAGGAUAGUCGUGUUUCUGUUGUUAUCGCGGAGAACAGCGUUUUGAUAAGCCUUCAGGUCAGAGAAACAGACGUUAAUGAAGAACUCGGCAAUUGCCCUGGUGCUCCUUGCGAAAAAAGUUGUACUGAAAAGGGCGUGUCGGCUAAUUUACCUGCCAAUUCAAAUUCCUGCUCCGAUACCGUGCAAAUCCCCGAAUCUGAGUCACAAGUGAAGGAAACCGGGGACGCACCUGCAGCUGCACGUGCAGACACCGAGGAGAACACGUGCAAUGCACGCAAAGACCAACCAUUAGCACAUGAGAAUGGCGUGCCUAGCUGCCUGGCAAAGAUUAUUCGGCAGGAGAGUGACGUAGCGAGUAUGUUGGUAGCCAGACUUCAAGAUAAAAAGGAACAAAACCGUGUUGAAUUACGCAGGGCCCAGAGAGAACUGAUAGAGAAACAAAGGCGGGAGACUAUCGCUAAUAAGAACCUUCAGCAGCUGAGAACAGAACUGGAAAAUCUUUCCUCUCGAAAAGAGAACUUGGAGCAUAGAAGGAAAGAAUUGCUAGAAGAGCUUAAAAAUACCGAGGGAAACAUCCACCAACUUCAAGAACAAUCUCUUGCACUGCAGUCGAGAAUUAACGAACAAGCUCGCGUUGUUGAGAGUAUUAAAGUGGACUGCGAAAAGGCCAGCGAAGAGUGUGUUUCUCUUAAGCGAACAUUUUCGGAAUAUAGCGAAGCGUUGAGUGACAUUGGUUCUCCUUGUGAUGACCAAAAAGCUAAUAAGGAAUGCUUGGAAAAUGACUCGUAACCAGGAAUGUGUCCUUCAAAAUACAGAAGAAAAUACGAGUGACUUGCCACAGAAAGGAUAGGUAUAAUUGUAUCAGCUGUUCGCUAAUUCAAAAAUUGUCUAAUCGAUGACAAUGACUGUUAUUUCUUUAAACAACCUUGUUGCUAAUCGAGCAGUCUUUUUCGUUUGUGCCAUGUUGUUUCCUCAGGUCGAAAAGAUGGCAAGUUUUUCUCAGUUUUGUUCCUGUUGAAGUAGAGUGCACUCUCAAAGGUUUUUGUUAUCCGAUUUGUUGUUGUUAGAGUCCAUUAUUGUGAUGAUUUCGGGAGUAACCGCUAAUUCCCUAUUGUGCUAACUUUAAUGUUUUGUUUAAUUAAUAAAUAUCAUUUAAUUUAUUAGACUUGGUUGUUCUCGUUAGUGCCAACUGUAUAUGUAUAUUAGGUGGAAGAUAUAUUACAUUCGGGAUCACACAUUAACUUUGUGUGCUUUUCCUUGUGGUAGGUAGAACACUGAUGUAGGACGCAUGCGUUCUAGUAUCGUUAGCGUGAAACACUCCGUUCUUGUGGAAAAGCCUGAACUGAUCCACAGUCGUUUUGGACUGAUCAGGAUGGGGACUUGUAUGAUUAGUAUGUGUCAGUACUGUACAUUGCACUCGGCUUUAUGAUCUGAGAUUCUCUCACUAGCUGUUGUGUGUAUUUAGGUGGUGCGUGAAACUUCAGUAAUUAGCCCAUGUUCGGUAGAUUAAAAUUCUAACAUGACUCCGAGACUUUCUGUCCAAAAUUUGGGCCGCAGCUCUCGUAAGGUCUCACAUGAAUGGCUUGAUACCCUUUGAGAGAACAAUAGAACAAACAACAGAAACAAUGCCCCUAACCCCAAAACAACAACAGCUGCUAACAAGCAAGAGAAUAACAAGUCUAAGAGAACUGCUAAACUUCUGCAAAAUUGUAAAUUUUCGACCGUUUUGUAAGAUUCCUUUGCCUGGUAGAGAUUUGAUAUCUCAUAAGAGAUUUGAUACAAAAGAAAUUAAAACAAGGUCAAAUAUAGCAGUCUGGCAGAAAGCCUCUGUACCACGUUAGAGUUUUACCAGUAUAAUUGUGUGUAUCAACAAUGGCUCUGUUAGUUAUAAGGUUACCGAACGUACUCUUGGAAGUGCUUUGGCGUUUGUAAAAUUUUUCCCCUGUUUUGAUCGUUCGGCUAUAUUAACGUUGUCAUAAACACCCUAAAAGCAACAUUUUCUAAUAAAACAUAACCAGCCUGUUUGGGGCGAAGUGUUUUAAUAGUCUUUAUAAUAUGGGUAGAACCCUGCGCGCGCUCUGAUUGGUAAAAACCCAUGUUUUAUCAGAGUAUAAAAGAU